AGUCAAGUUGUUCCAGUGUCUGUGUCCAGAGCAUUGGAGGCCUCAAGCCUAAAGUCCUGCAGCCACAAGUCGGUCAUCAAUGCGGGCAGGAUGGCACACAGUCGCCAAGGUGUCCCGAAUGCAGAAUCACAGAAGCUUCCCCGAGCAGUAGAUCAAGAAGGAUGUCCAGACCCUUCUCCAUCCGGAGCAUUGAUUCCUGAAGACUCUGACUUCUUCCCUUCUGUCAGUCUGGCAGCCGCCCUGCUCCUCAUCUUCAUCUCUGUCCUUCCUUUGUUAUCUCAGCCUGGCAUGGUCUUUGUCCCAUUCAGAAAAGAGGCCCAUUUCCACCCGCUCCUCUACAUCCAGCCUCGGUCUACCCAACUGACCAUAGAGACAUUGGCCAAAAGCCAAAAGGAGACUACCAUGGUGUUGGCCGUGGCCAAGGAACAUGCCACUCAGACACUUAUGUGCUUUUCCAAGAACGUUAUGGCUCUUCUAUCAAAGCAAGGCCAAGGUCAUCCUGUCAUCAGACAGAGUGUGGAAGUCGAAGCCCUCGAAGACAGGAGGAAUAGCAGUGUAACAAGAGCUUCAGGGGUCUUAUCUGUCUCUGUCAUAACUAAGAUAAGAGGCCAUACCCCCCACUGCACAAUCCUAAGGCCUCCAAGCCUAUUGGAGAUAAGUCUACAUCAAGAAAGAGGAGUGACCGUGCGGAGAGAGUCUUCCACCAUAGCUCAUGACCUUCUGGAACUUGUGCAUAAGACCGGACAAGUCCCAGAGACAUUUAAAGUCAAGGCAUUUCCAAGAUGUCAUGUGAAGGUCCUCCAUGUACUAGGUGACCCCUACCUUGAGAGCGGCAUUGUUUGUUGACUAAUGGCAAUGACCAAAACAGAACCCAAUUGGCAAUGACUAGCCCCGCACAUGGUGGGGCUCACUAUCUUCUUGCCCUAUCUGGAAACGUAACCUUUGUUUAUGGAGAAGUCUCUGGAGAACCUGGAUGCUCUAGAGCAAGUCAAGUACUGAAUAUAGAAUUUCUGUGGAAAUCGGACAACCUAAAUUUGGAGACAUAUGAUGCCAAUGGUCAAUUAUGUGUGCAUGGUCCUUUUGUAUACCAUUGACCUGCAGGAAAAAUGUCAUAUCAAGUCUGUUCACUAGAUGUGCCAAGGCUCCAUAUUGAACUGGGCGUCAUGUAUCGGCAUCAGUAUAUUUGGAGAUAUUUAGAUGAAUGCUCUGCAUCACCAGCUGUAGUCACCUAUUAUCAGAGGUGCAGGGUCUAUGUUAUCAGCUGUAAUCACCUAUUAUCAGAGGUGCAGGGUCUAUGUCAUCAGCUGUAAUCACCUAUUAUCAGAGGUGCAGGGUCUAUGUCAUCAGCUGUAAUCACCUAUUAUCAGAGGUGCAGGGUCUAUGUCAUCAGCUGUAAUCACCUAUUAUCAGAGGUGCAGGGUCUAUGUCAUCAGCUGUAAUCACCUAUUAUCAGAGGUGCAGGGUCUAUGUCAUCAGCCAUGGUCACCUAUUAUCAGAGGUGCAGGGUCUAUGUCAUCAUCUGUAAUCACCUAUUAUCAGAGGUGCAGGGUAUAUGUUAUCAGCUGUAGUCACCUAUUAUCAGAGGUGCAGGGUAUAUGUUAUCAGCUGUAAUCACCUAUAAUCAGAGGUGCAGGGUCUAUGUCGUCAGCCAUGGUCCCCUAUUAGGAGAGGUGCAGGGUCUAUGUCAUCAGCCAUGGUCACCUAUUAUCAGAGGUGCAGGGUCUAUGUUAUCAGCUGUAAUCACCUUUUAUCAGAGGUGCAGGGUCUAUGUUAUCAGCUGUAAUCACCUAUUAUCAGAGGUGCAGGGUCUAUGUCAUCAGCCAUGGUCACCUAUUAUCAGAGGUGCAGGGUCUAUGUCAUCAUCUGUAAUCACCUAUUAUCAGAGGUGCAGGGUAUAUGUUAUCAGCUGUAGUCACCUAUUAUCAGAGGUGCAGGGUAUAUGUUAUCAGCUGUAAUCACCUAUAAUCAGAGGUGCAGGGUCUAUGUCGUCAGCCAUGGUCCCCUAUUAUCAGAGGUGCAGGGUCUAUGUCAUCAGCCAUGGUCACCUAUUAUCAGAGGUGCAGGGUCUAUGUUAUCAGCUGUAAUCACCUUUUAUCAGAGGUGCAGGGUCUAUGUUAUCAGCUGUAAUCACCUAUUAUCAGAGGUGCAGGGUCUAUGUUAUCAUCUGUAGUCACCUAUUAUCAGAGGUGCAGGGUCUAUGUCAUCAGUCAUGGUCACCUAUUAUCAGAGGUGCAGGGUCUAUGUCAUCAGCCAUGGUCACCUAUUAUCUGAGGUGCAGGGUCUAUGUCAUCAGCCAUGGUCACCUAUUAUCAGAGGUGCAGGGUCUAUGUCAUCAGCCAUGGUCACCUAUUAUCAGAGGUGCAGGGUCUAUGUCAUCAGCCAUGGUCACCUAUUAUCAGAGGUGCAGGGUCUAUGUCAUCAGCCAUAGUCACCUAUUAUCAGAGCACUUCUUUUCUUUUUUUACUAAUGUAUAUUGUGCCAAACAAAUUCUACUGUUAGUGUUUUUGGGCUUUUUUUUGUAAAAUGUCAAAGCAAAUAAAUUGUGAAUA